AUGGAGUUUGAUGAUGAUAACAUUGAAAAUGAAGAAUAAGAAUUAGGUGAUGACUUCGAUGCAUUAUAUAUAGAUGAGGAUGAUGCUGCUGUACCAGAUCUUUUGAGUAAAAAAGAUUGCGUAAUAUUUGCAGUUGAUUGUAAUCCUUAAAUUUUUCAAAAACAAGAAGGGAAUCCAAAUAAUGAAUCAUAAUUUAAUACAGUAUUAAAGAGUAUUUAAAGCUUUUUUAAAUCAAAAAUCAUAUUAAAUGUAGAUGAUAAAGUUAGUUUAAUAUUUUAUAAUGUGGAUAAAACAAGCAAUUUAUUAUCUUUUAAUGGAAUAAAUACAGUAUAUCCUUUAGAAUCUCCUUCAGCUUAAAUGAUAAAAGAUGUAUUAAAAUUAGAUUAAAACUUUGAAUAAUAAUUUGGUUUUAGAAAUUAAAAGGUUAAACUUUAUGAAGUUUUAUGGUUAUGUAAUCAUAUGUUCUAAAGCAAAGACAGAAAAAGAAAUACUAUGAGAAUUUUCUUAUUUACAAAUGAUGAUAAUCCUCCUCCAUUAUAAGAAAGAUAAUAAUGUAUCCAUUAAGCUAAAUUAUUAGCCGAAAUGGAUGCUUAAAUUGAACUUUUUCCACUUCCUAACGCUCACUAAAAGUUUGAUUUGAGAAAAUUCUAUACUGAAAUAAUUGCUUUGGAUGUAGAUGAAAUAAAUGAGUCUUUAAUAGAUUCUUCUGAGAAAAUUCUUGAUUUGUAAAAUCGUUUGAGAUAAAAAGAAUACAAAAAAAGACCUAUAAAUAGACUUUUAUUAUAUAUAGGUAAAGAUAGUAUUGUAGGUACUAAAGUUUAUUGUCCAUAUAUUAAAGUGAGAAAGCCUUUUCCGAAAUACAUAGAUUAGGCUUCAAAUAAGCUUUUGAAAAAGACAACAAAGAACAUCUGUAGUGAAACUGGCCAAAUACUCUAUCCAAAUUAAAUUUCAUAGUGUAUAAUUUUGGGUGGUGAAAAAGUCAGAAUCAGCUCAAAAGAUGUGUAAAAAAUGAAGCAUUUUUAAGAGCCUUCUAUGACCUUAAUUGGGUUUAAACCUUUGUCUUAAUUGAAGGUUUAUCACAAUUAUAGGCCUAGUUAUUUUGUUUAUCCUGAUGACUUUUAAGUUAAGGGGUCUUCAUAGUUUUUCCAUGCCUUAAUUACACAAAUGAAGGCUAAAAAUAAAAUCGCUAUUGUUAGAUUUUAACCAAAAAGAGGAUCUUAGGUAAGGUUUUGUGCACUUUUGCCAUAGGAAGAAGCUUAUGAUGAAGAUCAUGUAUAAUAGCCACCAGGAUUCUAUCUUAUUAGUCUACCAUAUAGUGAUGAUAUGAGAGAUCUAACAAAAGUAGUACAACAUGAAGAAAAAGUAGAAGUUAAUAAUAAUUUAAUUAAUUGUGCAAAAAUGAUAUGUAAUGCCUUGGAAAUUCAUAAUUUUGACGUCAGAAAUUUCGAAGAUCCGGGUCUUUAGAAAUUCUAUGCUCAUUUAUAGGCUCAUGCACUUAAUGAAAUUAGUCCUGAAGAAACUUAAGAUUUAAUUACACCAGAUGAGGAAGGAAUGAAGAAAUACGAAGAAAUUCUAAAUUUAUUUUAAGAGGCAAUUAAUUUAGAUUUAAAAUAAUAAUUCGGCGGAUGA